UUGUUAUCAGCUUGAAUGAGUAGAGAUGAAAAGACAAUAUCGCCUUCCUUAAGCGUGCCAACUUAUUUUCAGUUACCAUGGAGAUAAGGCAAAAAAAUUCAUACGAUACCCUUCAAAGGUCAUCAACUUUAUUUUGCUUAAGAUGAUAUAUCGUUUAAAUGAAAUCUGAAACGCGCGGGAAGAGAGUUUCACUGGAAUUGGGAUUAAAAUCUACUUCACUUAUCCGGCUGCAAGAUCGCACGCCAUUGUUUUUCCAUAUGCUAUUUUGAAAAUAAACAGGAGAUCUUCCGCUGUUCUAUGAUAACAUCAGCUAUCACCUAAGCAAUACCUUUAAUAAAUUGGACUGUAAAAGCCUACCGUGUUGCUUUUAUCAACUGGUCAAUCACCUGUCUGAACACUACAAUCGAUAGAUUAGUUGUUUACUUGGACUCCCGCGACGCGACUUUCAAAACACUGCAGUCCUUUGGACGAUGAUUAUCGCAAAUAUUUUUUAGGUUAACCGGCAGGCGAUCGCUGGUUGAUCUGUUUGACAAAACCACUCCCGGCAGUCGCUAUGGAGACGCAAUUGACUAUAGUGGGGCGAAUAAGUAGCACAUUUCCGAACAACACCUUGUGCCUUUAGGGAAGUACGGUUUUUAUUUUUCAUCAGGCGUAUUGAGCAGUCGGAAACUUUAAAACAACCCGCGCAGAGUUUGGUUUCCAUUUUUCUCCCCUAGAGCCACAGAAGGAAGAAGAUAGUGGCUUUUAUGAAUGCAUAGAGACUAACUAUCAGCUUUCAAUUAGCACCUUUGAGGCAGUCGACGGCGCGUUAAACUUGUCUCUUUUCGACGAAAAAAAAUUGUUUCUUGCCGAGAAAAUCGCUGAUGUUAUCAACGUUCAAGUGAGAGAAAUGACGGUGGAGAUUACCCAGCUUACAAGCGAAGAACUUCGCAUUAUGCGAACAGCAUUCAACAUCUUUGACAGAAAUGCAGAUAACCAAAUCGAUCAGGCAGAGUUUGGCACCCUGAUUCGGGCAAUCGGCUUCAACGCCAGCAACCAUGAAAUAGAUGAAAUUCUGAGGAAAUUUGAUAAAAAUAAAGACGGAGUUAUUGAUUUUCAGGAGUUUAUUAGCAUGGCCAAGCAUUUUGAAGGUUGUGGAAGAGACGAAAUGGAACAAAAUUUGCGACAAGCCUUCAGGGUUUUCGACCGUGACGGCAAUGGCUACAUUUCCGCAGACGAGUUACGUUAUGUGGUGACGUCAUUCGGGGAGGUGCUCAGUAAUGAAGAAGCCGAAGAAUUGAUCGCCAUGUUCGACAAAAAUAACGAUGGCCAGUUGGAAUAUGAAGAGUUUGUUACCUGGGCUAAAAGCUCCCUAGCUGAAUACCUGAAAUCUUUGUGAUUGAAUGAAUGCUUCCUUGCAAAUUGUUAUAAUGCAGCCAUGGGUGUCCAUCUAUUGGCUUUGAUCUUGAGUCAGUCUUUCCCGUCAGACAAAAACAAUAAAAGAACCAGCUUUAGAUUGAUGUCAAGUAGACAUACCGUAUUUACUCGAAUAAGCGCCGCGGCGCUUAUUUAAUUUUUCGCGCCACAAGUGCCGCACUUAUUCGAGGGCGGCGCUUAUUAAAAAAUUGUACGUACCAGACAAAUUUACUUUUUCUAUAUUUUUAUUCAACGGUACACUUUCUAUAUGUCAAUUUUUCUAUGGACUGAUGCAAAACUGAUAGUAAAUCUAGAAUUACGAGAGAAAUUCAUGCGGUGAAAAAACCCCGAGCGUUUCAUGAUAACCCGAACAGAGAAAUACAGUCACUUUGAACUAAAGAACAUCACAUUCAAAGAAUAAAAAUUGCUGAUGCUAUGUUAAAAUUGUUUUAUAGUGUUUUUCCUGGUUAUACGGAAUUCCUCGAAUGAGCGCCGCAUUGGGGGUGCGGCGCUUAUUAACUUUUUUUGUCCCAGAUGCGGGGCUUAUUCGAGUAAAUACGGUAUUACUGAACUGUAAUUUAAUUUUGUCCUGUGAUUUGUAAAUGCUUUAUGCUUUGUAUUUGAUACUUCUAUCGCUUGAGUUCCUGUAUCGUAAAAUCCCGUCUAUAAAGAAUGGACUGGUACAACUCUUUGCUUGGCUUAUGACCGAGGGGGAAGGGAACAGGGGGGGGGGGGAACAGAUGGCAGGAGCCUUAGAUUGCUGUUAUAAAAUUACACUUGA